CAAUUGUCAGCUGUGUGACCCAUAUAUUAAUGUUCAAUCUCAUGUUAUUUAAAGGUUGUUGCUUAUUGUCGCGCAUUAAAUAUUAAUGGGCGUAAAAUUUAUCAGUGAAAUGUGAUGUUGAGUGUACUUGUUUUGUUUACCAUUUUGAGAUUUAAAAUAAUGGAAGAAUUAUUGAAACUUAUCGAGAAGCUGUCAAGACGGGAGAACGACUACAACAAAUUAGUUAAUUUAUUUUACAAAAAAGUAGGCGAAUUUAAGCAAAUUGACAAAAAUGAAAGUGGGUACCUUUCGGAAUACAUCUUACCGAAGAUAAAUGACCUUUGCAACAAAGAAAUCCUGCAGAAAGAUAUACUGUACUUGUCAUUAAUCGGUUGCCAAAAUUUCGAAUUGCUUCAAAGGUUCAUUAAAUACCACGAGAAUUCUAUCGACAUCCAUUUAGAAAAACCCACCACGUUAUACGAUUAUUGUGUAUGCAAAAAGGAUCAUUGGUUUAACAAAUUUAUUAGCAAAAAAACACUAUCAAUAACCGAUCAAAAUAUACUCAGCAAAAUAUGUAUAUUACGCCUGAUACAUUUAACGAAUACAAACGAUUUGAAUUUAAAUCUUUUAAAAAUAUUAUUAUCGGAAAUCGAUCACUACAAUGUGCAAACAUUUUGGACAAACUACAUCAAAUUAAUGAAAUUCUUCGACAAAUUCAUCGAUUACUGCGAGGCGAAUUUAUCCAACACCAACGUUCGCGAUAUUUUCAAUCAUUUCCGCGAGAACUGCAUCCUGCACGCGUUCUCCAAUUAUUUCAAAUUCAAAACCGCCAAUCUGAACGAGAUUCUGGAAUUUAUCAAAGAGGAAGAGGAACUAUUCAAAACACCAAACAACCAGUCAGUCCAAUUCGAAGCGUUCAUGAUCGUGGGAAAUCUCUUUCGUUGCAUCACAAAAACUCCCAAUCUAAACAUCGAUGAUACAGUCAAAACUAUCAAACAGAGAUUAUUAAACAUAGACCAACUGUCAAUGCAACUCCUUCUGCUGGAGGAUAUAUUCACCGCUAUAUUCGCCGAGUCGAGAUAUGUACACGUGAAAAUGGAAGAAAACGCGCUUAUAUGCGAAGAAAAAGAAGUCAGGCUCAUCUUGUACCUAGUCAAAGACGUGCUCGAAGAAAUCAAAUUAAAAUACACCCCUGCCAAAGACUCCGCGGAACAUAUCAGGCUGUCGCGACUGAACAAAGUCGUGGCGGACGCCACCUGGCGCAUGGAGCUCAUACGAAGCGUCAAAGAGAACUCCAAAUGCGAGAAAUUCCUGCUGAAAUACAUGCUCUCCUCGCCGGAAUCUCUGAUACAGAUGUGCUUGAAACGGAACGACUUCGAAAGGGCCUGCCAGGUUAUCCAGAUAUUCGGUUUGGAAGAUCCCUAUCUGGCCAACGAGAUCAAAUUCAACGAGAACUUGGUGAAUUUGAGGGAGAAUUUGAAGAAAACGUGCAGGUACAAAUCGUUGAAGCAGUCCAAUCCGAAUAUGUCCUUUUCGGCGGUGGAAAUGUCCUUGAAUAAGCCGAUCGAGCAAUUCUUCAAGAGCAAUUGCUCGGUGAACGCGGACAUCGAGCGGAGGAUCGAGGCGUUGUCCGGGAAAUUCGAUUUCUUCAAGCAUUUCGUCGGAGCGAACGAAGCGUUCAUGAACAUGUUCGAUUUGGCGGUGACUCUGCCGCAGAACUUCGAAAAUUCGGAGAUUAUGCUGGAAUUGGCGUGCGAGAAUAACGCUUUAGACUGCAACGUGGACUCGAAUUAUGCGAGAUUUAGCAAAAAGCUUAUCGAUAUGUACAGGGAAAUCGGCAAAGAGAAGGAUCUUGGUCUGGGCGAAAUGUUAACGUCGCCCGAUUAUAUUGUUGAUUUGGUUAAGCACAGAAAACAAGAAGAUUUUUACAAUACUCUAUCUGCAUAUUACAAUGAAGUAAUCGAUGAUUUGCAGUUAAUCGAAUCGGGUGUUUUGAAUAGUAAACACCCUAGUCACAAGUCUAUAUUGAAAAUCAAUAAAUUAUUGGUAGAUUACGCUGAUGAGAACGUAAAAUAUCUUCAAAAAUUGUAUAAUUACCUGAAAGCUUUCUCUAGAGUUUUGUACAUUGAAAAGAAUACUUCAGACAUUGUAUCAAACGGCAAAAAUACCUCGUAUUUCGAUUUGCUUAAAAUCAACAGAUCAGAACUCAUGGGUAAGCUUCUAUUCGAACGCAACCUAGAUCCGAGCGAAUUCGAAAAAUACUUCGGCAAAUUAAAACUAGACUAUUUAUACCACGUAAUAGGCAAUUGCUUCCCCACCAUCAACCUCCACAUCCAAGAGCACGUCACCAAAGAGGAAUUAUACCCGGAAAACAACCUAUACAUCCCCACCAAAGCCAUAAUAACUUACAUACAAAAAAGAAACUGGCUAUUAGCCUACAUACUGAACAAAAUGUACAACGUAGAAGGCGUCAAAAUCGACAUCAACGAAAACCGAGUGCGCGCGUUCCACAACUACCUGCUCCUGCCGAAAAACGUCCUCAUGCAGCAACUCUACAACAACAACGCCAUCCUAACGGCCCUCCAAAACGAAAUCAGCGCCCAGAAGAUGUCCGAGUUCAUCAACGAGCGCGUGAUGAGGCACGAAUCGAUGACCGCCUCCCACUGCAGCCACAACUCCAACGACAGCCUCGAGACCGGCGAGGAGCUGCAGGAGGACAUGCUGCGCUCGAUCAACUGGAAGGACGUCUUCGAGCUGGUGCGCAGCGUGCCCGAGGACCAGGCGAAGAAGAACCGCGUCUUCUCCGGCAUGGCGGACACCGUGCUGGUCAGCCUGAUCCAGGACGGGCUGGAGCCCGAGUGCCACCGGUACGCGCUGUUCGUGAACCACCGCGACACCAGGAUCAACGUGAUACUCGAUCAGAUGAGGCAUUGGUGCGGCGAGGCCUGCUUGGACGUCAUACGAUCGGAGGUGUCGCGGUUCGAUGGGAUGCAAGAUGGAAAACUGGUCGAGCUCAAGAUGUGGCUGUUGCAUAUUACUUUAUGCGAAAAACUUAAAGCUAUACUGGAUGUUUCAACGUGGUAUACUGCUUAUAAAAUGGCCGAGAACACUAAAGAUCUAGUAAUAGAUAAACUACUACAAACUGACGAUAUACAUCUUCUGUUGGAUUUCAUCGAUCUUCACACGCCCAGCGAGGCUUUAUUGGAGAAAAUUAACGAAAAUUACGUAGUUAAAGUAUUCCAAAAUACAACGAACUUCACCAGCAUUAAGCAAUUAUUCGACGCGUUGCCAUUCAAUCACAGCAUCAAGCUCUGCUACAAUCUGAUUAAGCUGUUGAAGCAACUGCACCACUUGCGAUUCGUCGUCGAUUAUCUCAUGAAUAACGUGAACAACGACGCCUUGAAAAACGUGGAAAUCAGCAUCAAAAUGCUGUCGGCGUUCGCGCAAACCGAGCAAGAGCAGCUGUUGUGCUUGCUGUACGAGCCGUUGAACAUCAUCGAGAUUUUGAUAAUGAACACGAAAAUCGAGAAGCUCGCUGCCGUGCUGGGCGUACUGAAAUCCGAAGUGUCCCAUACGGAAUUCAACGAAGAGAUCAUCUCGGUGGAAAAAAUCGACGAGAUAUUGCGGCGGUACGCGGAGAAGAGCCUCGAUUUUCGCGUCAUCACCCAGCCGAAUCCGAGGCUGCUGCGCACGCCCGAGCACAAGCUGAUGCAAUCGUUGGAUUCGUUGAGCAUCGGAUUGGGCGGCAGGAACUUCCUCAUGCCCGACGAGGUGCCUUUGAAGGGCGAUUGGGUGUCCAACAACGAGGUGAUCGAGUGCAUGUGCUGCCAAAAGACCGUGUUUUCGAUGUUCAAUCGACGCCACCAUUGUCGCAGAUGCGGCAGGGUGGUGUGUUACAACUGCUCGUUACAACGGAUGCUGGUGCCGAGUUAUGGAGAUAUAUUAGUGCGCGUGUGCUCGGAUUGCUACGGUCAAACUAUGGGGGAGAACGAAUCGUCCGAUUGCAACGAUUCCAUUUCCACUAAGUCAAUCGAUUACGAUUACUGGCUACUCACCGACGAUCCGGAACACAAUGAAAUCGUAAGGGAGGAAUUCUCGUACGAGCACGCGCCCAGCGUGUCACUUUGCCUGUCGCUGAUGAAGUUCCACUCGAAAACCAUCGCGUAUCCAAAGUUCCUUUUAGACCAAUGCAAUGUAAUGCUCAAGUUAUUGCAACCCAGUCAAGAACCUAUUCAAGAAAUCGAUUAUCUACUUGUAAUCAAAAUGCUUAGAUCAUUGACUAUGGCUGCUAAAAUGUCUUCGAUCGAAUGCGCCCUUCAUUAUGGCACUUCUUUGGCCGAUCGGAUUCUCUCGCAAGUCGAUUUGUUAAAUUUAUUGGCCGAAAGAGGUUGCCUCAGUUUGCUUCCCAUCGCCGGUACUUACUCGUCGCAGGGACCUUACAUAGAUGCCUCCGUAUUGCGCCGGUUAAGCGACAGGCUUCUGGAAAGGGAGCAGUGGAAUUUGGCUUUGGAGGUGUCCACGAAAGCCGGCUUAGACAAUACAGGCGUGUUUGCAGUUUGGGGCAAGAGCUGCCUGAGGGCGGGAAAUUUGCAAAUGGCGAGAGAAAAAUUCCAGAGGUGCUUCGAGAAAACGAGCCACUUCGAUAACCUGUCCGAUUACAGCGUAUCAUUCGACAGCAUCGAACUAACGAAAUCUAGAAAAUUGUCCAGAUCGUCGACUUUCAGCUCGAUCUCCGAAACGAAACCCACGAAGAAUCCGCCUCUUCUCAACGAAAUAAUCCACAUCUUGGAGUCGAAUACCAGGGCGAUAGAUCCCGAAUUAAUCGUAACGGAGGAAUCCGAUAAACCGAGCGGCCAGCCCGAUUCGGCCAUAUGCAUCCUCAACAAGCUGAGAAACUUGAAAAGCAUCUCGUCUAAGAAUUACUACCAGCCGAUUCGCUGCGAUUCGAAAUCGUACUCGAGCAGGCCGCCCAUUCACGAGGUUUUCUACAGCGAAUGCGUUUAUUAUUUGAACAGAUACGGCAGCCACUUGGGCUUGCUGGAAUUUUACGUGAAACACGGCGAUAUUAAUUUGGCUCUGAAUUACAUCGUGGACAAUAAAUUAGGCACCGAUGUGUUCAUUGAAAUUUACAUGAAAUGCCUUAAAGACGGUAUCAUCGGAAUUUUACAAGAGAAUAUCGCGCUGAUCGAUUCGACGCUUGAUGUGUGGAAGGAUUAUUUACGCCACAUAUGCAGGCAUUUGGAGAAGCACAACAUGUUGCAUUCUUUAUAUCAGUUGCAGCAAUUUAUGGGAGACUCGAUUAGGGCGGCAAUGACUUGCAUUAGGUUUUACCAAGACAACGCGUUGAAUUUUCAAGAUCUGAGGAAUAACGUGCAAUAUUUACAUAAGGCCGAGGAGCAUUUGAACCACGGCGUGGAGCAAGAACAAUGGGUGGACGUGGCUACUGUUCGAAGGUUGAGUACCGAGUCUAAAACUAGUUUCGAACAAAAGGCUAUAAUAAAUCCAUCGAUUGUGAUGACAAUAAACACGAAAGAUAUCAAAAAACAUAUAAACACGAUAUGGAGGCAAAACGAAUUGGCGGAAUUUUUAGCCCAGUGCGAGGAAAACGGGAUGAAACCCAUGCAAGUUUUCAUCGAAAUGAAACAACCAAACGGAGAUUCCUCCAAGAAACCCGCCGACAACAAACCCGCCAUACCGACCCUAUUCGGAUCGACGUUGGAGAAAAUCCGCUUGGCCGUUUUGGCGAUCGUUUGCGGCCCGGACGUCGACGACGGGUUCCCGAUAGCCGUGAGGAUCGUCGAGGAUUUCGCCAUCAAGCCGAUCAAGGUGUUCUGCGAGGCCGGCAAGCAGCUGGCCAGAGAGGAACGGUACAGCGGCAUCGCGCAGCUGGUGAAUUGCAUCAAGCAAACCGGCACCAAGGACGCCUCGGUGGCGGACAUGUGCGACGAGAUGCUCACGCUAGCCGUCGCCACUUUUACCAAAGCGAACGUGUCGGGCACCAAAGUCGAGGAUUUGAUCAAGCUGAUAUCCGACAAAGCUACCAAGAUAUCUGCUUACAUAGAGGCGAAGCAAUUGAAAACUGCCUAUUUUCUCGCCGUGAAAUACAAGCGAAUGUCCGAUAUAAGAAGAAUCCUCCGAGAAUCGGAAUUGUUGAAUCAACCCAGUAUAAAAGCGCUUUGUCAGAAGGUUCUGCAAUCGCAUUCUCAUACACCUACGCACGCACCCAAAGAUUAGUGUGUUUAUCGCAAUAUGAUUUUAGUAAGGAGAAAAACGCGUCGACUGUUAUAGAGCGAAAGCAUCGUUGUCUACGUUGCCGGUAGCGAAACCCUGGUAAGCCAUGUCGAAGAAGACAUACAAAUUCCUUUUUUUAAUUACUUCUGAUAGUUCUUUCCAUUGCUCUUUAGUCGGGUCGACUCCAGUCGGGUUGUGAGCGCAAGCGUGUAAAAGAAUGAUAGACUUUUCUGGGAUUUUCUGUAAAUAAGUAAUUUGUCGAGUUAUUCAGUGAUUAUGUAAUAACAUUUUACUCACGGAAAUAUCAUCCAAAGCACCUUGAAAGUCUAAUCCACAAGUUUCGGGAUUGUAAUACUUGUACAUUUUAACGUCUAAACCGGAGUGUUUGAAAAUAGGGAUGUGAUUGCCCCAUGUUGGAGUUGGCAAGUAGACGGUUUUGUUGCCAGGGAAGAAUCCGUUCAAAAAGGCUCCUCCAAUUCUCAACGAACCUGUUCCAGAAAUACCUUGUACAGUGGCGUUGAGACCUUCUUUUAUUACCGACGAGUUUUCUCCAAGGGCUAGUUCGAUGCUCCUCUUGCAGAAUUCGGCAACACCGGAAAUAGGAGCGUAUUCUUUGUCUAAACCUUUGCUUUUUACUUGCUCUUCGGCGGCUUUAACAGAUGGAAGAACGUAGGGUUUGCCGUUGUCGUCUCGGUAGGCACCUACACCUAAGUUAAUCUUGUUUGGAUUCUGGUCCCUCUUGAACGCCUCUGUUACUCCUAAUAUGGCGUCAGGGGGUCCCAU